UUGAGGACUGAAACGCCACCAGGAGAAUGAUAUGAUAAUGAAACUUCAAUUGUUCGGUUCUAACAAGAAUCUACGUGAUAUAGAGAAUUUGUCUCCCGUCGUUACCACCCAACCGCCCAUUCCCAUAGUUAAAUGGGGUCCUGGUCGGGCUAUCGUUCAGGGAAAUCCCCCACCCCGUAGGGUAGGAAACUGUACAAUUCAUCUUGCUUCACUGUCCACACUCACGCGCUCUGGUGUUGAAUUUCGGCAGCGGUGAGCUCUAGCAAUUUUAGAAGCGAAUUUACUUGGUAGCUGUUGCAGGUCAAUGCAGCAUUAAGCAUGAGCCGGCAUCAGCUGAGAUCGGAUCAUGCAAUUGGCAAUUGAUGUCAAUUGAAAGAGUCCGACGCAAUGGUCGAG